AUGCCCGCUGCCUACCUUGGGGCUGGCACCGAUGAGAACAUUCUCAUUGAAAUUUUGGCCACUCGGAACAAUCGGGAGAUCCAGGCGAUUAACGAGGCGUAUAAAGCAGCCUAUCACAAAUCUCUGGAGGAUGCGCUGAGCUCUGACACAUCAGGACACUUCAAGAGGAUUCUUGUCUCCCUGGCGCUGGGCAACCGUGACGAAGGAGGAGAAGACCUCACACGAGCUCAUGAAGAUGCCAAGGUGGUUGCGGAGAGCCUGGUGAGUGCCUGCCCUUUUAUUCUUUGACCCCCAUCUGCAUGAUUUACAGGGUACUACCCAGUGUGUUUGCAGUGCUGGAGGGGGAGGAGGCAGAAAAAACCUGCCCACUGCACAUGCAGACCAGGCUGCAGGCACCUCCUAGGGGUUCUCUGGCAGGGAGCUCGCCAUCUCGCGCCAACCGUUCCCACGGGCCAAAUCCUGCCUCCUGCCUCUGUCAGAGCUCCCCUUUGAGGUCAGCUGGGGAGUUUUGCAGGAGUGCGGGCUCCAGGCCUGAGCCCAUGUACCCAGUGUCCUGGGGGAGCAGCCUAGGCAGUGGUCCAACUCCACAAUUUCUCGCACGCACACACACCCCCUCCCAGCAAGUCCCAUGGGAACCCGAGUGACAAGACCGGUGAUGGGUGCCUGGGAAAUGUGAGUAAUAGCAGAGUCCCAGGGCAGUCCCAAGUCACUUCAGAGGGGGCAGCACUGUGGGCCCAAGCAGGGGAGACAUUUGCUAUGGGGAACAAGGGCAGU